AAACGUCGCCCCCUCCCAUUUCUAGUCUCUCACACCACUUCUGCAACCUUUCCUUCAUUCUGUUCUCUCUAAUGGCGGUUUAACCUUUAAAGCCCUAAUUCUUCUUCUUCUUCUUUUUCUUUUAUCUAUUUCCUUCUUCUUCCAUGGAAAAUUGCACCGACAACAGAAAGCGAGAUCGCGACAAGUUAGACGUCUCGCUUGCCGAUUCGGCCGAGUCGAAGCUCAGACGACUCAACCCAACGGAAUCGAGAUUUGUAAAGCCAUGCUCCAAGUCGGAGCAGGUAGGUUCCGAUGGAGAUGAUUUGAGAAUCGAUUUGGCAGAUUCGGAUGAGAUUCACGAUAAGUUGCUGAACAUCCUUGAAGAUUCCGACGUUGUUGCGGAGCGAGAUGAGUGUAUUCAAGGUUUUGAACUCGAUUCAUUUAUCCGAAGCUUCGAGGAGGAGAUUCAUGCCCUACCCCCAGCGGAAACGUCGUCGAAUCAGAAUGAGACUCCUCAGGCGGAACUCGGAUAUCUUUUCGAGGCGUCGGAUGAUGAACUCGGCCUGCCGCCGACUGUAGGUUCGAGUAAUGAGGGGACGAUCGAGGCGAUUGAUUUUACGCCGGCUUGUUCUUGGCCUGGUGUGUUCGAGAUGGAUGGGAAUGUAGGGUUUGAAGAUGAGAUACCGUGUUAUGACUCGUUUGAGAUUGGAAUCGGCAUUGGUUCCGGCGCGGCGGAGGAGAACGGUUUGGGUGGGGAGUUUGUUGCAUUGGGCGGUUUGUUUGAUUACUCGGACGUGCCGUUUCGACCGGAGUCGUUGUCGGCUUUGUAGAGAUAAUUUCGAAUGGGGCAGGUGCGCUUGGCUUCGACGUGUUGAUAGGACACGACGUCGUUUCAAGUUUGUAGGUUGUAAAUCUCAAAGAACAAACAGAAAUCUUUCAAUAGAAAUGUAGAAUU